AUGAACCACCAACACCAAGACCUCGAGCUCGAGACAACGAGCUUGCCCGAUAACGGAUCGACAAUCGGCCGCGCAAUACACCAGCAAGAACCUGUCGAGGAAAUCGAGCAGGCACCAUUACCACCCGCAGACAGAGGAAGAGAGGCCUGGCUCGUCUUGCUUGGAUGCAGUCUGAUCCAGAUUCCCGUCUGGGGCUACUCUCUUGCCUUUGGUGUUUUUGAGGAAUACUACGGAAGUCAUCCUCAUAAGCUCAAGGGCGAUGCCAGCAACGUUGCAGUGAUUGGGACAACGAUGACUGGCAUCAUGUACCUCAUCUCUCCUUUCACAUUCACAAUCCUGAGCAGAUGGCCUCGUCUACGGCGCUGGUUUGGCCCACUCGGGCUAGUCCUCACAGCAAUUGGCUUCCUCCUGUCCUCUUUCGCGACAACAGUGUGGCAUUUGAUUGCAACGCAAGGCGCCAUUUGUGCCCUUGGCUGUGGGCUGCUCUUCACACCUACGACUCUGUACCUCGAUGAAUGGUUCGUGAAGCGAAAAGGCCUGGCCUACGGCGUGAUGUGGGCUGGUAAGUCUGCCGCUGGUGUCGGGCUGCCCUUCGCUAUGGAAACUUGUCUGCAGAAGUUCGGACCAGUAGUCACGCUUCGAGCUUGGAGUACUGCAACGGUUCUCGUCUCGGCGCCUCUUCUUUACUUCCUGAAACCGCGAAUCCCCCUCUCCCAAUCUUCUGGGGUGCGCCGAAUCAAUCUCAACUUCAUCCACCUCCCCUCAUUCUGGAUGCUCCAAAUCGGCAACGUCCUCCAAUCUCUCGGCUACUUCCUCCCCUACACCUACCUCUCCACCUACGCCGUCCAACAACUUCACGUUUCGACCACCGUCGCAACGACCCUCCUCGUCCUCAUUAACGUCACCUCCAUUCCCGGUGGCAUAGUCAUGGGUAGCCUCGGUGACCACCUCCGCGUCACCACCGUGAUUCUCAUCUCGACCAUCGGCUCAGCGCUUGCUGUUUUUCUCUUCUGGGGGUUUUCGAGCCAGACGUCGCUGCUAGCUGUCUUCAGUAUCACGUACGGCUUCUUCGCCGGCGGGUUCAGUUCUACCUGGUCUGGAGUGCUGUCCGAGUUGAAGGCUGAGAGCCCGGCGGUUGACACGGGUUUCAUCUUUGGGUUAUUGGCUGGUGGUAGGGGGAUUGGGAAUGUGAUCAGUGGUCCGUUGAGCGUGGCGUUGUUGACUGGUGAUGGGUGGAUGCGCGAUGACAAGAGUUGGGGGUACAAUGGACAAUAUGGUGGGAUUAUCUUGUUCACAGGCUUUACGGCAGUGUUGGGCGGAUGGGGUGCGCUAGGUAGGGUCAAGUGGAUAUGCACAAGGUGA